AUGGGUUCUUCUUCUCAAAACUGGUUUGUAGGAUUACUUCUUCUCUUGAGCAUUUUCUUAGAAUUGAGUGCCAUCACUUUUGCUGAUGAGAAGCUUGAAAAGUCAAGGUGGGGUAAUGAUAAUGGAUGCAGAUUUGGUAGGAGAGGUUGUGGUGGACGUGGUGGAUGGGGCGGACGUGGUGGAUGGGGAGGACGCGGCGGACAUGGUCCAGGUGGUGGUAGAGGUGCUGGAGGAGGGUUUGGAGGCGGAUCUGGUGGAGGAGGAGGUCUUGGGGGAGGAGCAGGAGGUGGAAUAGGUGGUGGAGCAGGUGGUGGUGUAGGUGGCGGCAUUGGUGGUGGUGCGGGAACUGGAGGAGGUGUUGGUGGAGGUGGUGGAUUCGGUGGUGGUGGUGGAGGAAGUGUAGGUGGAGGGUCAGGAGGAGGAGGAGGAGGUGGUGGUCUUGGAGGAGGGCCAGGCCAUGGUGGUGGAUUUGGUGCAGGUGGUGGAGUUGGGGGCGGAGGUGCUGGAGGAGUAGGAGGAGGAGGCGGAUUUGGAGGUGGUGGUGGAGGUGGAGUUGGAGGAGGAUCAGGUCAUGGUGGUGGUUUUGGUGCGGGUGGAGGUGUAGGUGGUGGGGCAGGAGGAGGAAAAGGAGGGGGCAUAGGAGGUGGACAUGGUGGAGGAAUUGGAGUUGGAAUUGGAAUUGGUAUAGGAGUCGGUGUUGGUGGCGGUUCCGGACAUGGUGUUGGAGUAGGCAGUGGGUCGGGUAGCGGUGGUGGCG